CCCAGUGCUGAGGGCUCCCUGCUGCUGCUCCCGCCUGCCCGCCUUCCUGCCCGGGGUUAAAGACUCCUGGGUCCUGGGCCUGCUACAUAGAGAGGCCCUAGCUCCGGCAACCAUGACGACGGCCAUCUUGGAGCGCCUAAGCACACUCUCCGUCAGCGGACAGCAGCUGCGUCGCCUGCCUAAGCUCCUAGAGGAUGGCCUUCCCAAGAUGCCUUGCACCGUCCCAGAAACCGAUGUGCCCCAGCUCUUCCGGGAGCCUUACAUCCACACUGGCUACCGCCCCACAGGCCACGAGUGGCGUUACUAUUUCUUCAGCCUCUUCCAGAAACACAAUGAGGUGGUCAAUGUGUGGACCCACUUGCUGGCAGCCCUGGCUGUCCUCCUGAGAUUCCAAGCCUUUGCCGAGGCGGAAGCCCUGCCGUGGACCUCGGCCCAUUCCCUGCCCCUGCUCCUCUUCAUCUUGUCCUCUAUCACAUACCUCACCUGCAGCCUCCUGGCCCACCUGCUGCAGUCUAAAUCAGAGCUGUCCCACUACACCUUCUACUUCGUGGACUACGUUGGGGUAAGCGUCUACCAGUAUGGCAGCGCCCUGGCUCACUUCUUCUACAGCUCCGACCCGGCCUGGUACGAGCGGUUCUGGCUUUUCUUCCUGCCAGCAGCCGCCUUCUGCGGCUGGUUGUCCUGUGCUGGUUGCUGCUAUGCCAAGUACCGCUACCGGAGGCCUUACCCAGUCAUGAGAAAGAUCUGUCAGGUGGUCCCGGCAGGGCUGGCCUUCAUUCUGGACAUCAGUCCCGUGGCCCACAGAGUGGCACUGUGCCACCUGUCUGGCUGUCAGGAGCAGGCGGCCUGGUACCACACCCUACAGAUUUUCUUUUUCCUGGUCAGUGCCUAUUUCUUCUCCUGUCCAGUGCCAGAGAAAUAUUUCCCAGGCUCCUGCGAUAUCGUGGGUCAUGGGCACCAGAUCUUCCAUGCCUUUCUGUCAGUCUGCACCCUCUCCCAACUGGAGGCCAUUCUUCUGGAUUACCAAGGACGACAGGAUAUCUUUCUGCAGCGGCAUAGCCCCCUCUCUGUCUACUUGGCCUGCCUCUCAUUCUUUGUCUUGACUGCCUGUAGUGGUACAACCGCAGCCCUCCUAAGGCGAAAGAUCAAGGCUGAACUGACCAAGAAGGAUUCCUGAGGAUGGCAGGUUGAGGGUUGUGUGGUUUCUUGGGAAUUUGCUUGGAAAAAAAAAAAAAACUCUAGAAUAGAGUGGUGGAAGAAGAUUGAAUUUUUUUUUAAGAGCUGUACUUUAAAUUUUAUUUCUAAGUAUGAGCUUAUGGGUAUAGCAAUUGGAAAGCAUAAAAGUCUUUUCUUAUUUUAAUAAUGGGAAUACUUCUUUUCCUUCAGCAAUACAUCCUCAGAUGGCACAGAUGGGGAAGGUGCCUUGAUUAGAUUUCAUCAUGAUUCUGAAUCAAGGAGAAUUUGACUGGUUUUAACUGAGCAGAAUUCCAGCUCAGCCUCCUAAGGCUAGUAGCACUCAGGAUGAGAGGGGUUUAAUAUUGAACUGGAGAAAAUGCUGAGCAAAAUGCUGUUGUUAUAGCAGCCCAAUUAUGCUGAUGUCUAAAGUGUGGGAUGAUCUCAGAACCCUUUUUCAACUGCAUUUGGAGCACCAGGGGUCCAGAGAUCAGUGAUCAAAACCCGUAAACACAUUGAAUUGUUUGAUUCCUCUCAUCUUCCUUUCUUUUUCUCUCCUCACCCAAAUAUAGGCCCCUUUCUCAGGAUGACUGUCAGCUGCUUGGGGCUGGGCUAUUCACCCAGUUCUGAAGUGUACAUGGUGAUCGAAAGGACUAUAUAUCAGCUACAGGGGGUCUGCAGAGACAUUCAGAAAACCAUGUAUUCUGACACUAUUCAGCGUCGGUGAAAUGCUAAGAGUGUUUAGGAGGGCCUUGCUUUCCAGAAUGUAUUUUUGUGGGCACUGUUCUUUUGCACUGGAGAUAUCAUAGCUCCCUUUAGGGCUUGGGAACCCUAUGGUUGAGCAGGAAAUUUGCUCUACUCUUUAACGAAGCCAGAUUCUGGCAUGUGGGAGGAUGAGCUGUUUCCAGGUGUCCUUUUCAGGGUUUCUCAUUGAUUUGGAGAAUAUCUGGGGUCCUGACUAGACAUUAUUUCCCCUACUUCCUCAACUUCUCAAGUAGAUCAUUCCAGCCCCUUGAGGGAACCCAUAUAAAUAGUCUACUGUGGAUCUCCAAGUGAGUAGUAGGUCUACUUUGACCUGGAACAAAUCAUUCAGAAUUGCUCUGAGUAUCUGAGAAAAACCCAUAUAUUAUUCCUAGGUUUGAACAUAUGUGUACUUUAUUCCCCAUAAAGUACAUAUUUCAACUAGAAUUGUCCUAUAAUGUGAAGGAUUCCUAUGGUAUGUGUCAGGACAGGCAACACUCACUAAGAACUUUAUAGGUUAGAUAUCCGGAGCAGCCAUGAAAUCCUUCCUUCUUAGAGGCCACCAAUUCUCCUUUAGCCUCUAUCAGCAAUUCUCAAGGUUAAUGAUGUGAAGGUCUGGACUCCUCUCAGAACAGUAUUUAAAGCCCCCGUUCACCGAGAUUUAUGUUUAUGAGCUCUAAUUCUUUUAUUCUUGGUCAAUCCUUGGUCAAAUCCUUGUUCUUAAUUCCAUUUUCACUGGACCCAAAGAUGUUUGUUUAAAUUUUCUUUUUUAACUGAUUUAAUUGAUUCAGGGAAAUUUCCUACUGAGGAAACUUCCUUUUCUAAUAAGUAACUUAGCUAUCAUUUUUUAUUUUACAUAGGGAGGUGCCUAGUACACUUAGAAGCUAAGUGACUUGCUCAAAGUCACACAAGCCAGUAUGUGUUGGGAGCAGGACUUGAAACUCCAGUCUUCAGGACUCAAAGCCAACUGAGCUCUCUAUCUACUAGGCCAAGCUGCCUGUUGUUUGGAUUUAGUGCCUUAUAAAUUCAAAUGUGUUAAUUGUUUUCAUUUUUGACCAGGUGGUGAUUUUUCUUUUAGGGAUUAAGGCAAUAAGGCCAAGGAACAUUUCAUUCUCCCAACCAGCAAAUAGAGAAGGUAGGAAAAGGCUGGUUAUUGCUUUUCAACUGAAAGACCCGAAAAAUGUUCAAGAAAAUUUCACUAUUACUUUAUUAAUUAAUCAGAAGAAAUCCUAUGUUUCUGUCACCUUUCAUCCAACUGGAUAUCUCAGUGUUGAACCUUAAAUUCCAGAGGAUUUAUUAAAUAAGUUUCUCAUACAAUACAUUCAACAGCUGUGGUAACCAGUACAAAUAAAGCCAAAUAAACUGAAUAGGCUUGAACUAAGACUGUACUGAAAGAAUAUGCAAACAUAUGGAGCAAGGUUGGAGUCAGUAUUGCCAUUUGAUUGAGCAACUAGACCUUGAUGGAAGUAUGUUGAUGACACCUCAAAAAACUUUAUUUUUUAAAAGAACUGGAUUGAAGAGAAUUGUGUCUAAGUCAAUCCUUGUGAUUGACCUGUGGCUCUAUUUAAUACCAAAGAUCUUUACACUAAGGCCAGAUGUUUACAAAAGGAGGAUGGAAGGCAAAGGAUUCCAAUGUUGUUGAGACAGAAAGGAUAUUUCAGAAUAUCACUGACUAAUCAACAUUGAAUGCAGGAACCAGGUUAGAGGGUAGGAAGGAGGAGAGAGAGAGAAAUCAUUUAUUAAGAGCUUAUAUAUACUUGGCACUGUGCUAAGUAGAGGGAAGACAAAUAUAAGUGAGCAAGACAGCCCUUGCCCUCAAGAAGCUUACGUUCAAAUGGGAAGACAGUACAUAAGAGCUGGAAGGGGGAAGGAAGGAAGUAGAGACUCCUAAUAGGCAAGAUAAUGUGAAAGGCCUCCCCAUCAGAGUUCAGUGUCUGGAGGUCUAGUGAAGUCCAGUUUCUGGUACCCAGGAGAUAGGGAUAAUGGACAGAACAGAGGCAACAUGAUGGUGGGGAAGAGAUAGCAGCUCUGCUCUGGGUAGAUUCAGAGUGCCUCGGUUACUUCAAUAUGAUAUGAUAUAGCUUACCUAUUUAAGAUUCGCUCCCCCAUUCAUGUGUUCUCACCUGCCUACAGUUUCAAAUCCUAUGAUCAUAUGACCUUUCUGGGAUCAAUUAACUCUAAAUGAUUAUCAUGAAAAAGAAAUAUAAUUAAGCUCAGAAGUUUAAAGAGGACCGAAGCUCUAGGUAUUAAUUCCAAAAAGAUUGAAUUUAAGUGGACGGUAAUGCACAGUUUGGGUAUCUGUCAACUCAGAGUAUGAACAUUAAGAACCCAAGACUUGUCGAUGAUAAAUCUUCUAGUUCUUUACUGAGAUAUGCUUCCACCUAGUGGUAUCCUGAAAAUCAUUUUAAGUUCCAUGUUUAAUCAACUUUCUGAGUUACACUCUGCAUUUGGACACCCUCUGUUUUAUCUGGAAUGAUUCUGAUUUCUCCAUAGCUUAGGACUGAGUGGCAAAAAGAUGACACAAACAGACAAGACUAGAGAAAGAGUUGUUGAGUCAUUUAGGUCAUGUCCAACUUUCUGCAACCCCCUUUUGUGGUUUUCUUGGCAAGGAUACUGGAGUGGUUUGCCAUUUUCUGCUCCAGAUCAUUUUACUGAUGAGGAAA